UACAAUUUUUAACCGAUAUUUUUUCGAACCUGAAUAAUGUUAAUACGGUCCUGUCGCUUUUGCGCAAAUGUUUCCAGAGUGCGCCACUAUCCAGACCACCAUUGGAGGUUGACAUUUCGAUUUUCGACGCUUUUAAUUAAAUUUGGCGGGAAAACUCGUAAACACUGUCUAACAGUUGCUUUGUUCCAUUCUCGAAUUUAUGUAAGCUUUAAUUAUUUUUUUUUUGUAAGUUGUGAGUAUGACGCUAAAGAGCACCAUGGUGAAUACUCCAACUAAAAAUUACGUCUGUAAACGAGACGGCCGAAGAGAAGAAGUUUAUCUUGAUAAAAUUACUUCUCGCAUUCAAAAAUUAUGUUACGGCUUAAAUAUGGACUAUGUGGAUCCCGUCUCCAUUACAUUAAAAGUUAUCAGCGGUUUAUAUCCAGGUAUCACGAGCGUUGAGUUGGAUACUUUAGCUGCCGAAACAGCAGCUAUGAUGACCACCCAUCAUCCAGAUUAUGCAAUUCUUGCAGCUCGAAUUGCUUUAUCAAAUCUUCAUAAAGAAACAAAGAAACAGUUUAGUGAUGUAAUUGAUGAUCUUUAUAACGCUGUCAGCAAUAAAACCGGCCGAAAAACCCCGAUGAUUUCUGAGGAAGUUCAUGCUGUCGUUAUGAAAAAUGCCGACCGUCUAAACUCUUGCAUUAUUUACGACCGAGAUUUCUCAUACAACUACUUUGGUUUCAAAACCUUGGAACGUUCAUAUUUGUUAAAAAUAAACGGCAAAAUUGCUGAACGCCCACAACACAUGUUAAUGCGAGUAGCCGUUGGUAUUCACUGCAAAGACAUAGAGGCCGCUAUUGAAACCUACAAUUACAUGUCAGAGAGAUACUUCACCCAUGCAAGCCCCACAAUGUUCGCUGCUGGUACUCCAAGACCGCAAUUGUCCUCCUGUUUCUUGGUAACUAUGCCAGAGGAUAAUCUGGAUGGCAUUUACCAGUGCCUUAUACAAUGUGCCAAAAUUUCCAAAACAGCGGGUGGUUUAGGCGUCAGCGUGCAUAAUAUCAGGGCCAAAGGAACACAGUUUAAGAAUAGUAAGAAUGAAAAACUAUCUAAAGGGUUGGUGCCAUUGCUUAAAGUAUUAAAUAAUUCUGCGCGAUAUGUAGACCAAGGCGGUAAUAAACGUCCAGGAGCUUGUGCUAUUUAUCUAGAACCUUGGCAUGCGGACAUUAUGGAUUUUUUGAAUUUGAAGAAAAACACAGGAAGGGAGGAUGAGCGAGCCCGUGAUUUGUUCUAUGCUUUGUGGACUCCUGAUCUCUUUAUGAAGAGAGUGGACGCCAACGAAAACUGGUCUUUGAUGUGUCCUUAUCAAUCGCCGGGUCUUGCGGAUUGUUGGGGAGAGGAAUUUGAAAAGUUGUAUGAAAAAUAUGAAGCUGAAGGUCGUUAUGUUAGGCAGUUACCAGCACGUGACGUAUGGCGUGCGAUUUACGCAUCACAGGUAGAAACAGGAACGCCGUACAUGUUGUACAAAGACGCUUGUAACAGAAAGAGCAACCAACAAAAUCUUGGAACAAUCAGAAGCAGCAACUUAUGCACAGAAAUCGUCGAAUAUACUUCUAAAGAUGAAAUCGCUGUUUGUAACUUGGCGUCUAUUGCAGUAAACAUGUUUGUUAAUCCAGAGAGAGAUGGAUAUGAUUUUGAGAAAUUAAAGGAAGUAGUGAAAGUAGUAACCAAGAAUCUCAAUAAGAUCAUCGACGUUAAUUAUUAUCCACUGCCAGAAGCUAGAAAUUCGAAUAUGCGCCAUAGACCAAUAGGAAUCGGCGUUCAGGGUUUAGCAGACGCUUUUAUACUUUUACGCUUACCCUUUGAUAGUAAUGAAGCUCGUCUACUUAACAAACAAAUAUUUGAGACGUUGUACUAUGGAGCGCUGGAGGCGAGUUCAGAAAUUGCAGAAAAAGACGGUCCAUAUACAACGUAUGAAGGAUCACCAGUCAGCAAAGGCAUCUUACAGUAUGACAUGUGGAAUGUUACUCCAACAAAUCUUUGGGAUUGGUCUUCCUUAAAACAAAAAUUAGCUAAACACGGAAUUCGCAAUUCAUUACUUUUAGCUCCAAUGCCUACAGCUUCUACUGCCCAAAUCUUGGGUAACAACGAAUCUACUGAGCCUUACACUUCCAACAUGUACGUGAGACGUGUUCUAUCUGGCGAACUACAAGUCGUUAAUCAACACCUACUCAAAGACUUAACCAAAAGGGGCCUUUGGAACGACGACAUGAAAAAUCAAAUCAUUGCGAACUACGGUUCAGUUCAAAACAUUCCUGGAAUUCCCGACGAUCUGAAGACGAUUUAUAAAACCGUUUGGGAAAUUUCCCAGAAAGUUAUUAUUGAUAUGGCUGCAGAUAGAGGUGCAUUUAUUGAUCAGAGCCAAUCUAUGAAUAUUCAUAUAGCGUCGCCGGAUUAUCAGAAAAUAACGUCCAUGCACUUUUAUGGAUGGAAGAAGGGUUUGAAAACUGGAAUGUAUUACUUGAGAACAAAACCAGCAGCCAACCCCAUUCAGUUCACUGUGGAUAAAAGCAAGUUGGUUACCCGCCAAGAAAAUGGUGUUAGUAAUGGUGUCAAAGAAAAGGAAGAUGGCCGAAAGCUUACUCCACAGGAAGAAGCCGCUCUCGUGUGCUCGAUACAGAAUCCUGGAGCAUGUGAAAUGUGUAGUUCUUAAGUAAAUGAUUGAUUUAUUUGUACUCUUUCAUUGUGUUUUCGUUUAUUUUUAGUAAUACCGUACUUUAGUUGAAACGAAAUAUUCCUUUAAAAAAUAUAUAUUUAAAAUAAAA